AUGGCGAUCAUCAUUUCCUUGAUCCUCUAUACAAUCGGAGGCGCUCUGGAAGCCGGUGCUAUCAACUUCGGCAUGAUUGUCGGAGCGAGAGUGAUCCUCGGCAUGGGCCUUGGUCUCGAAGGAGGUACGGUUCCAGUCUACGGUGCAGAAUCGGUCGAGAAGAAAUACCGCGGCAACCUGGUCAGUCUGUAUCAAUUCAUGAUCGCUUUUGGAGAAGUCAUUGGGUAUGUGGUCGCCGCUAUUUUUGUCAACGUCCCGUCUGGGUCUUGGAGAUAUAUGCUUUGCUCGUCCCUGGUCUUCAGCACCAUUAUGCUUGUGGGCAUGCUCUUUAUGCCCGAGUCUCCGCGAAUGCUUCUACACAGAGGUCGAACUUUGGAAGCAUUCGCCGUUUGGAAGCGAAUCCGAGGACUCGCCAGUGCUGAGGAUCACAAGGAAUUCUUCAUCAUGCACCACGCUCUCGAUGCGGAGGUCAACGAGGCUAUCGUUUACGCAAACAUCAUGAUCGCGCUUGGCCAGUUAACCGGAAUCAAUGCAAUUAUGUACUACAUGUCCACCCUGAUGUCCCAGAUUGGAUUUGAUAAGAAGCAAUCCGUUUUCAUAUCUCUCGUGGGCGGCGGAUCCCUCCUUUUGGGCACCAUACCAGGCGUGUUGUACAUGGAGAAGUUCGGUCGUCGCUUCUGGGCAAACACUAUGCUUCCGUGCUUCUUCGUCGGUCUCAUCUUCGUUGGUGUCUCCUAUCAAUUGAACUCUGUCACAGCCACAGAGGGGAUGUAUCUCACUGGGAUCAUUCUCUACAACCGUUUCUUCGGGUCAUACGCACGCCUUACUUGGGUUCUGCCCAGUGAGGUCUUCCCUACCUACCUCCGUUCCUACGGCAUGGAGUCCACCGACGCCAACCUUUUCUUCGGCAGCUGGCUAGUAACCUACUUCUUUUCGGAUAUGCAGCGCGCGAUGACUAAGACGGGGUUGACCCUCGGCGUUUAUGGAGGCAUCGCAGUGCUCGGUUGGAUCUAUCAACUUUUGUUCAUGCCUGAGACGAAGAAUAAGACUUUGGAGGAGAUCGACCUUAUUUUCAGGCAGCCGACAAGUCAACUCGUGAGAAAGAAUCUCAGGAACGUUACCCGGGGUAUGAGUGAUAUCGCUUAUUUCAGAUUUGGAAAGGUCUUCUCGCCUACCGAAGAAAGCCAUGAGGUCGAACAGCAAAUCCAGGAGGCCAAGGCGUAG